AUGUCGAAUUCGAACUCAGGCUAUGUUCCGCCCCCGUCGACGGGCCACGAAAUCGGCGUCAUGUUCGGGUUUAUCGGUGCGUUCCUCCUCGCCAUGAUCUUGUACGGCGUCUGGUUCAACCUGUCCAACAAGAAGAGCCUUGCGCGCGAGAACGAGCGGUUGCGGACCGUGCGACAGCAAUUUGGCAUCUCGACGGACGAGAAGCCGAGGGCGGAGAAGACAAUUUCGUAG